UGAUCGGUGAAAAUUGCAUUAAGUCAUGUAUUGCUUAAAGCUCUAUACAAUGCUUUAAAUUGAUUAAAAGGAUGCAGGUAUGAGUGAGCUUUGAGGAAAAGAUCUUUUUAAAGUUAGGCAGGUGCAGGAUAUAUGUUCAUAGAAGACAGAAGUCGAGCCAAAGCACAGGAAAUGAUCCCUUUUUGUAACAAAUUAUUUUUCUUUCUUUCUGCUGCUUUUUAAAGUGUUUUGUGAUUUUUGUGUUUGUGCUCUUGUGGGUAUUUGUGCCCCAGUUUCUACCUCUAGGAAUCAAUGUCUCUCUGUUGGUUGCUUGUCUGCCUCAAAUCUUUUUUUUUUUUGCCCCUGUAAUUUUUUUGUCUUUCAGCUCAAAACUUCUGUCUAAAAAUUGUGUAACAUUUUAUUUUUUUCCAAUUUAACACCUUUCAGUACCUACCAUUCAAAGCAUGUUUUGUAUUCAUUAUUUAACCUUUUCCCUGGUUGUUUAAUGAAACUGACAAAAAAAGGCAUUUUACCACAAUUACUUUUAUAACUGUAGUUAAUGAAAACAGCAUAAAACUCUAAAUAAAUGUAAAAAUAUAUUAUAUAUUUAAAUUAAUAUAUUUUAAGAUAUUAAGGCAGAUUUCUAAAAAGUGUGGUAUUAUUCCUCCUUAGCGCCUCACCGUGGCGGAGUUUUCUGUCUCCCGGAACCGAACAAUUCUGUCGUAGUUUCUAGUGGUGCAGAUUUCAGUGUAACACCACACGAGUGUCAUCAAACAAGGAUGGUUCUCAGCGCACCAAGGCCACGUCUCCUGAGGAGUAUCUGCUGCUUGGGGUCCUGGGCAAGGCAGCUGCAGCGGCAGAGCAGCGGCUCUGUUUAUUCCAGCAUCCACGGCUUCAGCCAGGAGGAGAUCAAAGAGAAGCUGCAGGCCUUUCCUGGAGGCUCCAUUGAUCUACUGAAACAGGACUCUGGCAUAGCAGUGCUGACUAUCAACAAUCCUCCUCGCAUGAACGCCUUCUCCGGUACCAUGAUGGUGGAUCUAGAGGAGAAGGUAACCCAGCUGGAGAACUGGACAGACGGGAAAGGUGUCAUCGUUCAGGGGGCUGCUCAGACGUUCUGCUCUGGAUCUGACCUAAAUGCUGUCCGAGCGAUGUCUAACUCACAGGAUGGGAUGAAAAUGUGUAUGUUUAUGCAGAAUACUCUCACAAGGCUACUCAGGUUGCCCCUCAUCUCUGUUGCCCUGGUGGAAGGUAAAGCUCUUGGAGGAGGAGCAGAACUUACAACCGCCUGCGAUUUUAGAUUAAUGGCUUCAGGAAGUGUCAUCCAGUUCGUGCAUAAACACAUGGGUUUGGUCCCAGGCUGGGGUGGAGCUGCUCGACUUGUCGGCAUCGUUGGAAGCCGAAACGCAUUGAAGCUGCUCGGGGGCGCCGUAAAAGUGGACUCUGAGCUCGGCGUGCACGUUGGCCUAGCCGAUGGCGUUCUAAAGGUCGACCAGGAGGCUGAGCGUGCUGAGACUGGCCUGCAGCAGGCGGAGAGCUGGCUCAGUCAAUACACCAAAGGACCUGCCCCAGUAAUCAAGGCUGUGAAGAAAGUCGUCCUGUCUGGAAGGGAGCUCCCUCUCUCAGAGGCUCUGAGGACAGAGAAGGAUAUAUUUGGGACUGUCUGGGGAGGUCCAGCUAACUUGCAGGCAUUGGCGAGCAAAUCCAAACACAAGUAACGUUGUCCGAGUCCCUUUAGUUAAAAAAAUCCUACAAGUACUCAUGAAAACAUUCUUAUAAGCCACAUCCUGGACUGAAUGAUACAUUUGAUCUCAGUUGUAAGAGUUUUGGACUUUUUACAGGACAUUGCAGUGAUGAAAUAACAGAAUAAACAUGACUAUAAAAUA